UUGUUUGGGAAAAUCUGAUGUGAAAAUGAAAUAGAAUCCCUCUUUACUGCAUUUUGAUUUGUUUGAAUAAUUCAGACACACAUUACAUGAAAAGGCUAUUAUCCACUGACUCCGAUCUACACACUGACUUGUUGAUCCCUGCCAGACCCAAGGCUGACACACAGGACACACUUUCAGUGAAUUAUUGCUAUUCCUUUAUCAGCACAGUUAAUGAUUACCUCCAAUCAAGCGUGUAUGUUUUUAACAAGAAGCCAUAAACAUGACACCCACCAUGACAGUCAUGAAACAACCUGUGCUUAAUUGUAAGGCUGAUCACAAAAUGUAGUCAAAUAAGAAAAGUCGUUUGUUGAAAAUAACAAGUCUUUCCUUAAGCCAACUGUGUGACGAGUCAUUUUAAAGCUCAUAAAAUGUUUUUAUAUUAGGUAAAUAAAACAAACUACAAGACAUGCGGCUAGGAGAGGAGGGAGAGGAGAGGGGGAGAGAGGGAGACCCUGACCUGUGAGUAGGUGUAGGCGUGAACUGCUCCCAUCAGUAGCAUGUGCACCGUUACAGCAUCCUAACAAAUGAUCCAGCUGUCUUCAAGAAUCACUUCAUGACUGCGACUUGAUACUGGUAUACGAGUGACACUGCGUUAACUGUGUGCUGGAAAAGUCAAUCAUUUUAAGACAUGGACGUGUGGAAUAUGAGUGAUGUGGCAGCCAAGCCUGUGUCCCCUCUGUCUAACUGCACGGUGGACACCAGCUACCGCUUCACCUUCUAUCAGGUGUCCUACAGCAUCAUCUUCCUGCUGGGGUUGGUCACCAACAGCCUGGCUCUGCGCAGACUGUGUCUGUCUCCCUGCACCAUGAACAGCACAGCCAUUUACAUGGUCAGCCUCUCUGCUGCUGACAUGUUUUUUGUAAUCUCUCUGCCUCUGAGAAUAUUCUACUACUACCAGCGGGCCAGAGCCAAGACAGGAGACUUGUCCAAUUGGACUUUUAGUGUGGCGUACUGCCACCUCACUUUCACCCUCAAAUACAUCAGCCUGUACGGGGGCAUCUUCUUCCUGGUGUGCAUUGCUGCGGACCGUUACUUUGCCGUAGUGCACCCGCUGGCCUCUACGCUCCGCAGGCUGCGUGCCGCACAGCUGGUGAGUGGGGGGAUCUGGUGCCUGGUGCUGGGGCUCAGUGUGAGUCUGCCUCUGCUGCGCUUUGCAGCCGCUCACCAGCACCAGCCCUGUCUGCUGGACCCCUCCUCCCAACGCCACCGCAAAAUCAUCCUGGUAGCUCUGGGCCUCGUCUUGGGCUCAUUUCUGCUGCCCGCUCUGCUUCUCCUCUGCAGCUACUGCAGGGUGCUGAGGGUGCUUCGCCAUCCGAGACACCGCUCUCGCAGCCAGCGCCGAGGACGCCAGCACACUCUCACCAUCAUUUACUGGGUGCUCGGCAUCUUCCUGCUCUGCUUCGUCCCCUAUCACGUCAACCUCCUGGGAUACACUCUCACACACGUGGGACUGCUGCCCUAUUGUGGCCUGGCAAAGGUGACCAAGGCGGUGCACCCCGUGGUGCUUUCACUAGCAAGCUCCAAUUGCUGCCUAAAUCCACUCAUCUACUAUUUCUCCAGCAGCAUGUUGCACAGGGAGGCGCCCGGGGGAGGCAGUGGCAGCCAGUAACACAGAUCAUUUCUAUCAUUAUCUUAAAAGCACUCGAUUAAGAUUCAUUCAAUUGUCCAGGACUUUUUCUAUUCUACUACUACAGCAUCCUGUUGCUCCUACUGUGGCUGCAGUUCUUCAGAAGUUAAACUAAGAUAACUCUGUGUGUGUUGAACAUGUACUCUGUAUUAUUGUAAGGAAUUAUAACGUUGAGCAGGCUUGUGUGUUUGCUUUGGUGCCAUGCUACUAUAAGAAGCACAAUGACAGCUUAGUUCUUUUGUGUUGUGUACUCCGACAGUUUAAUCAGCCAUUAACAUAUUGAUAUGCCGUGACUUUUCUUUAUAUGUAGUGAAUGUAACAUGUUGCCUCCUUUUCCAGAAUGCUGCACGAACCUUAUAAAGUAUGUUGAUCCUGUUUAUGUAAUUCUUAAAAUGUAGUAAUAAUACUUUAGGAAAAUAAUUGUGUGUAUUUUUUUC